AUGAAUGGGUAUAACGACCCUCGUUAUUAUGGCCAGGAAGAAGCAGAGGAAUUAGCCACUCUGGAAGCUAACCAUGGCUACCAGGGUGUGCAUAACCCUCCUGUUAGUCCAAGCAACUUCGACUUUCAUUUCAACGAUGUUCCUGCUCCCAGGCCCGUCGUGCCGUACAGACCGGGCUUGACCCAAACCCAAAGCCCCCGUUACAGUCCUCCAGAGUAUAGUUCUCCAUGGCUUCAAGCUACUCCGAGGAACUCAGAUGUGCCUGAGGGAUGGCCGACGAACUCCCCAUGGGAGUCUCGCUCGGCUUCCCCAACUUUGUAUCAAAACACUCCCGUUCAACAAAGCUCUCAAAGUCUCGUCGCUCCUCUGGUCAAUUCCUCCGCAUCGCCUGGAUACGCCAAGGAAUGGGUGCAAGCUGGAUCCGCGUCGAUCGCCCGGCUCAGCGACCGUGAUGACGCUGAGACAUGGAAAGGAUGGAAGCGUUGGGUGUUCUUCUUGACCCCGUUCCUCACUUUCGCCAAUACCUCCAUCUAUCUGUUUUAUCUCGGUCUUCGUAUCUACUGUAUUAUUCAGGCUCAGAAUGCCUCCGGCGUCAGCUACGCCGGUGCCUGGGUCUUCGUCGCCAUUGAAAUCACGGUCGCCAUUCCUUCUCUCAUGCACAAUUGCUGGACAAUGCUGGCAUUGAAGAAGCGAGGACGUGCUAAGCUCCGACUGACCGGAAAUGAUUGUCCGACCGUGGAUGUUUUUGUCACCUGCUGCGGUGAGGAGGAUGAAGUCGUUCUGGAUACCGUUCGUGGCGCCCUGAAUCAGGAUUACCCGACCGACUCAUUCCGAGUCAUUGUCCUGGACGAUGCCAGAUCUGCCACGCUUGAGGAAGCAAUCAACGAGUUGACUCCAGCUCACCCCAAUGUUUUCUACAUGGCCCGCGAGAAGAUCCCCGGGAAGCCCCACCACUUUAAGGCUGGUAACCUCAACUAUGGUCUGGACCAGGUACACACUCUACCAGGAGGUGCCGGCGAAUUCAUGGCUGCUCUGGAUGCUGAUAUGAUUCCCGAACAAGAUUGGCUUCGCGCCGUUCUUCCCCACUUACUGGUGGAUCCCAGAAUGGCCCUUGCUUGUCCCCCGCAACUCUUCUACAAUACCCCUGCGUCUGAUCCCCUUGCCCAGAGUCUCGACUUUUUCGUGCAUGUCAUUGAGCCUAUCAAGGACGCCCUCGGCGUUGCUUGGUGCACUGGUUCCGGAUAUGUGGUUCGUCGCACGGCCUUGCAUGAAAUCGGCAACUUCCCUCUUGGCUCCUUGGCUGAGGAUGUUGCUACGUCAACUCUCAUGCUUGGCAAAGGCUGGAAGACUGCAUACAUUCACGAACCUCUCCAAUUUGGUACUGUCCCCGAGGAUUUCGGCGGUCACUUGAAGCAGCGUACUCGAUGGGCCAUUGGAACUGUGGAUACCGCUUUCAAGCUGAAAUUCUGUCUCUGGGGUGAUGCCGUUCGUCGCAUGACCGUUGCUCAACGAUUUUCUGGAUUCCUGUAUGCGACUCUGAGCUUGUACACUCUUCUUCUCACUGCAUCUCUGUUUGCCAUCCCCAUCAUUCUCUUGUGGGGCAAGCAACUCGUGGCCUAUGCUAACCAGGAUGAGCUUCACUGGCUCAUUUGGGCUUGUUUCGCCGCUACUCUGUCUAACCGACUCUGCGAGUUUGCGCUGUUCAUUCCCGCUGGUUACAACACUGGCCAGAGAGGUUCUCGCUAUCAGUUAUGGAUGUCUCCUUAUAUUGCCCUUUGCAUUGUCCGCGCCUUCAUGCUUCCCAAGUGGCUCGGUGGUCAAACUCAGGCUUUCAAACCGACUGGUUCCCUCGGCUCUACUUUGAACGAGCGUGACCCCAAGACACGAAAGAACAUCUUUGUUCGCUUGCGCGUCAUCAUUUUCAACUAUAUGGCUCUCUUCCACUUUGCAUUCGUUUAUGUCACUUUGGUAGCAGUGGUGAUCUCCUCUUACCGCUGCUUCAAGAUAGAGCACAGCGUCAAGGGUGUUAUCAUCUGCUUGAUUACCCAUGCAUUCUGGCCUCCUCUGACUUUCCUUUUCAUCUGUACAUCACUUUGGACGCCUGUUUCUUAUGCCAUUAAUCCCCCAUCGAUGCCAGAUCGCGAGGACCUCUUGACUCGCGACCCGAAGACUGGAGUAGCCCACCCGACCACCAAGAGCAAGAAAAUUGCUUUCGGUGGCCAGGCUGCCUGGUUCGAGCUCCAGUAUACUGUCGCGACAGCCGCGACGAUCCUGAUCUUUGUUUAUUCUUUCUUCUGGUAA